GCGGCGGUCUCCAUCGGAGAAGGAAGGAUGGGAAGCGGCUGCCGUCCGAGACCGCCCCGAGGUCGAGGCUGGGGCUCCGGAGAUGGAGAGUAUGUGCUGGAUCGGUUCCUCGUGCCACGUGUCGAGCAAUACGGAUACAACAACAGUCUGCGUGAUGCGGAUGCUGUGGUGGAGUAUCUACGGAGAAGUUACAGAGAGUAUGAACGCAAGCAGGUUGCGCCAUUCAGGAAGAUGGUGAUACGUGCAAUCCAGAUCGCCAGAAGGCGCAUGUCGCAGAAUGAGCAGGAAGAGAGGAGGCUCCAGCAGCAAGAAGAGCGCCACCUGAAUAUCAGCCGGAAGAGAGGGCCACCUGUCGAAGUGAUGUCUGGCCGUGGCGUCGCCGUCGAGCUGUCCGUGUCUUCUGAUGAGCAGGAUGAAGAGGAUGAUGAAGACGAUGACGUGGCAGGCGGCUACGCCGUUAGAUCUGGCGGUAGGUUGAAGCGCGGAGCAGAUGGACAACAUGACAUCCGUAGCGGCAGGUCGGCGAGACGUCCUGAAAGCAGCGAUGGUGAAGAGGAAGACGAAGAUGAUGAAGAUGGUGACGAGGACGAAGGUGAUGAUGAUGAUGAUGAGAUAGAUGUUGCGAUGGACAUGUAUGAUCACGAGAGAGCAAAAGGGCAUAAUAUGCUCAACAGGACGUUAAGGGUAGCAUAUGGAUGUGGUAUUUCAUCUGGUGGGGGUGGUGCAGCCGUAGCCGCGGCAGCAGCAGGAGGAGGAGGAGGAGGAGUUGCUGUCGGAAGAAGUAAGGGGAGCACGCCGGCGCGAUCCAGUGACUACGUCAAGUGUGUCUCUCGGGAUCCGAUGAAGACGCCAACUACACCGGGGGGGGGGAGUGCUCGUUCGAACGGGCGGCGGGGGGGAGUUGGCGGGCCGGAGGUCGGCGGCUCGAUUCCUGAUCGGUCACAGCGCGGUAGAUGGAAGGAGAUAGUUCCACUCUCCCCGGAGAGAGAAGCCUUGGAAAGGCCGACUGCGGGGGGUUCCCCCCGUUCCGUUGGCGCGUUUUGCCAAGAAGAUCGCCAUGGCGGGAGAAGGCAGGCGAAGGCAAUGGUGACGGCAGGCGGAGGGAGGGAGAAUGGGACAGCAGGUAUUGGCUACGAGAGGGAGGAGAGGAGAACGAAGAUGGAAGAUGUAGGGAUCAGGGAGGAAGACAGAGGAGGAGGAGGAGGAGGAGGAAGAGGAGGAGCCGCCGCCCAGGCCGCCGCCGCUGGGAAUCGAAGGAGUGAGUGCAGCAGUUUCCUGAACGGGAAACGAGAGUCUGUACCGCCGCCUCCCCUACCCGCUUCCAAUCUUGCAGCGGUUGGGGCGGGGUCGUCUUCGCCCCUGCGGCCGCCGCCGGUGUUAGAGAUGGGAGUGGGUAUGAUGACAGAACGGCUCGCGAAGGAUGUGCAGCAGAAGACCGGACUUUUUCCACCGGUGGGUGGAAGAGUUGACACUCUUCCUCGUGGACGGAUGGGCGAUACUCUGCCACAUGGCGGAAGCGGAGGGAGUACCGUGCCACGUGGCGCAAAGAUGGAUGACACUCAUGCAGGGCGUGAGGUGAGUGGGGGCGGCGAUUCUCGAUCUCAUCGUCUUGCCUCCGCUGCAGCACGUGCGGUUGCUCAAAGGACUACGCCGGCCAAACGAGUGAGAACGUCUCAGGGAGGAGCUGCAGGAGGAGGAGGUGGUAGUGGUGGGGGGAUAGGCUUUGCGGGGGGAGGAGGAGGAGGUGGUAGUGGCGGGAUAGGCUUAGGGGGGGGGGGGGGAACGUAUGUCCAGUGCUUUGACCGUGCCGAAGAUGAGCCGCCACGUGGCGUGCUCCUCCACGGGCCGCCGGGAUGCGGCAAAACGAUGCUGGCGAACGCCAUAGCAGUGGAAAUGGAGGUGCCUUUCUUGCGCAUCUCUGCGCCGGAAAUCGUGUCUGGCAUGUCGGGAGAGUCGGAGGCCAAGGUCCGCUCUCUCUUCGGCGAAGCUGUUCGAUUGGCCCCCUGCAUGGUGUUCAUCGAUGAGAUCGAUGCCAUCACACCGAAGAGAGAGACGGCGCAGAGAGAGAUGGAACGACGCAUCGUGGCGCAGCUGCUGACUUGUAUGGACGACCUGAAUGCGCCGGUGUCGGCGAUGGAUGGCCGAGAGGAGACCGGGGGGAAAAGCGGUGGUGAGGAGGAGCGGCCGGUGCCGGCGGCAAACGGCGAGGGUCGGAGGGGGAGAGGGGGGGUUGUUGUCGGGAAUGAGAAGAAGAGGAGGAGAAAGGGCCACGUGGUGGUCGUUGGUGCGACGAAUCGCCCAGAUGCGCUGGAUCCGGCUCUGAGAAGGGCUGGCAGAUUCGACCGAGAGAUUCCAUUAGGUAUUCCGGACGAGCAGGCACGGGCGCGCAUUCUCGAGGUCUUGUCUCGACGGCUGAGAUUAGAAGGGUCGUUCGACUUUGACGUGAUUGCCAGGAAGACUCCGGGUUUCGUCGGGGCUGACUUGGCGGCGCUCAGCAAAGAAGCUGCCGCCAUAGCCGUCAAUCGGAUCUUCUCCACGCUGCAUCGCUCUUCGUCUUCCUCGCUCUCAGCAGUGAGCAGAGAAACGAACAGUGACCGUUUUGCCCGUGCGGUGGCGGAAGAUACCCCCCCUCACGAGCAGCAGCAGCAACGGCAGAGCGUGGCUAUGGUGUCGAAUGGUGCGGUUGGAGGAGGAGGAGGAGGAGGAGGAGGAGGAGGAUCAGGGCCUGUAGUGUGGGGUGAAGAGAAUGCGAUGCGCAGUGGGUCGAAGGGAGAAGGAGGAGGCGGAGAUGGAGAUGGAGGAGGAGCUAUCGCUAUGGAGGUGGAGUUUUCGGCGAGAGGGGGUGAAGCUGGACCCGACCAACGGGGUGCGGCGGCUAUGGCGGCGGCGGAGGGUUUCGCACGUCUGCCUUAUCCUCACGGAUCGGCGCGCGACGUGUCACGCCCUGCGCGUGCCACUACAGCACCAGACGAAGAGAUGACGACGCCCACGACCAGCAGCGUGAACAGGGAGGAUGAAGAAGAGGAGGAGGAUGAUGAGGAGGAGGAGGGGAAGUGGAAGAAGCCGUUGUCUCGAGCCGACAUGAUGUCGCUGAGCAUUCGUAUGGAAGAUUUCGAAGCAGCGAUUCCCAAGGUACAGCCUUCUGCCACCAGGGAGGGUUUUUCGACCAGACCUGAUGUGACUUGGGACGACGUGGGGUCGCUAAGUGAUGUGAGAGAGGAACUGGAGUUCGCCAUAUCGCGGCCCAUCAACGAGCCAGAGGAAUUUCAAGCGAUGGGAUUGGACAUGUCGACGGGAGUGCUGUUGUACGGCCCGCCUGGGUGCGGCAAAACCCUAGUCGCGAAAGCGAUAGCAAGUGAUGCCGGGGCCAAUUUCAUUUCAAUCAAAGGCCCAGAGCUGCUGAACAAGUAUGUGGGAGAGAGCGAGAGAGCUGUGCGGCAGCUGUUCAGUCGCGCACGGUCAUCUGCGCCCUGUGUGCUCUUCUUUGACGAGAUGGAUGCCAUGGCUCCUCGAAGAGGCAGCGAUGGAAAUGCCGCCGCCGAAAGGGUGGUUAAUCAACUCUUGACAGAGAUCGACGGCUUAGAUCAGCGGAAGGGAGUGUACCUUAUAGCAGCAACGAACAGGCCUGACAUGAUUGAUCCAGCGAUGCUGAGACCAGGACGUCUAGACAAACUUCUCUACGUUCCUCUUCCUGAUGCCGAUGGUCGUGAGUCCAUCCUGAGGACUUUAAUCCGACGUACCCCUCUCUCUCCGGAGGUGGACGUCAAAGCCAUCGCUAGGAACGCUCGCUGUUCCGGCUUCAGUGGAGCGGAUCUGGCGGCGCUUGUCCGAGAAGCAUGUAUUGCGGCACUAAGGGAGAGGAGAGAGAGUAAUCGGGCCAAGCGGGGAGAAGACGAAGGGGAGGAGGAGAAGGAAGAGCAAGCACGAGGAACAAGCGGGGAACGACAUGGGUUCAUCACCAGCAGCGAGGGACAUAAACGACCGGUACGAGCGGCGGCGCCCUCCCUGCCGCCUCUGGUGUGUAAGCGGCAUUUCGAGGCGGCCUUCAUACGCGUAGUGCCUUCUGUGGCGCCAAGGGAUCGUAAAAACUACGAGGAGUUGCGGCAAAAGCUCAGAAGAGUGAGGGCAAGCAUAGGAGGAGGGAUUCGGGGGGAGGAAGGAGGAGAAAGAGUCGGCGGCGGCGGCGGCGGCGGAGGAGGAGGAGGAGGAGGAGGAGAAGGUAAGUCGAACGAUGAUCGAGAACCUGUUCCAGCUGCUGCCGUUCCAGGGAUGGAAGAGGGCCCUGGACCUGUCCCGGACUAUCCAGCGAAGUCUGGAGCGUUGCACGACGGUCCAUCCACGGGCGUUUGAAUGCGAUUGAAUGCGAGAGAGGUGAGCGCCUCUAUUGUGUGUUGUGUUGUGCUAUUGUGUUCUUAUCCGUCCAUCCAGCCUGUGAAUGGCAAAUGGAUGGGCGGAGGGGGGGAGCCCCAAAGCGGGGGUGGGCCAUGGGCCGGAGGGAAGAGAGAGAGAGAGAGAGAGAGAGAGAGAGAGAGAGAGAGAGAGAGAGAGAGAGAGAGAGAGAGAGAGAGAGAGAGAAUUCUUUUUGAAGAUCGGUUAGUUUAGUUGGAGAAUAGUCUUGCUAAGGGUCAGAUCCCACUAUCGUGGAUUAUUCAUUUUUCACCCUCGAUUACGAAGAUCAACGGUCAGAAUUGAACAAUAGAGCCUAGUGGGAUCUGGCCCUUAAGAUCGGUGAGCUUGGUUGGAGGAUAGUCUUUCUAGAGAUCGGCGAGCUUAGGUGGAGGCGGAAGCGAGGAGAGAGGAGGUCGUGGAGAUAGAAAGUUGCAGAUGUUGUAGGCAGACAUUCUUUCUGAAGAAGAUCGGUUGGCUGAGUGGGAGACGAAAGUGAGGAGAGCAUCACCGUGAGGAGGAGCAUGGAGGGCAAUAGUGCAAUUUGACUGGUAAGGGGAGGAGGUCGAUAUGAGCGGGUACUGAUGCUGGCGGCAAGUAGACGUUACUCGGGAGGAAACAAAAAGCUUGAGGGAGCGGAGGGAGAAGGGGAGGCGGAGUAGGGAGGAAGGGAUCAGCCAGGCGGCGGGAAGGCGUACGUGAGCGUGUUUUGUUGAAAGACAGAGCAGGAGGGAAUCUUCCUGUGGCGUAGGAUGGAUACCCUUUGGGACAUUCGUUAAAAAGGAGUGGAACGAGACAGAGAGAAGAAGAGAAUACUACUGUAGCAUAGCCUCUGCGCAAGGAUGACACGCAUACAUCCAUCGAGAAAUGGUCCAAAUUAUUGUAAGUGGAUGAACUCAAGCAUCUCUUUUAGCGAAUCAAAGGGAGAAUUUGUCCCCUGCCAUCGGCGCAGUAAAAAAUGCAGCCCCUCUUUUGCUGCCCGUGAUAUUGCAGGAGAUUGAGGGAAGGAGAUGGUCCUUCAAGAGCAACAUGCACAGUGGGCUCGAUCUCUCGCCGUCAUCCAAUACGUCUUCUUUUUCGCGAAUUGACAGAGAUGGAUUGGAGGGUAAAGUGCAUUUCACACUUUGCAGCUGCCCCCACCCCCCCCUCCCCCCUCUCCGGGAGAGGAAUUGAUAAAAUUGCAAAGCAUAG